AUGCACCCCGGCCAGCCCAGAGAGCUGCCUCUGAGGAAGCUGUGUCCAGCCACAGGAAUAACAGGAGGGCCCCCCCCCCCCCUCCCCAACAACUCAUGGCAGAACAGCUCAGCCCCUCUCUUCAGCGGCCUGGACCUCCUCCUGGAGCUGAAGCCCCUCUUCAUCCCUCUGUACGCCGCGCUGGUGGCCGUGGCCUGCGCGGGGAACCUCUUCCUCCUCCUCCUCCUCGCCCUCACCAAGAAGCCGCGCCGCGCCACCAACCUGCUGAUCGGCAACCUGGCGGCGGCCGACCUGCUCAUGUGCCUGGCCUGCGUCCCCCUCACCGCCUCCUACGCCUUCGAGGAGCGGGGCUGGCUCUUCGGGGCGUCCCUGUGCCACCUGGCCGCCCUGCUCCAGGCCGCCACCGUCUUCGUCUCCGUGCUGUCCCUCACCGCCAUCGCCGUCGACCGCUACCUGGUGGUGGCCUAUCCUGUCCGCCGGCGGCCGGGCCGCCGCGCCUGCCUCUGCCUGCUGGGCUGCAUCUGGCUGCUCUCCAUCCUGGCCUCCCUCCCCACCUCGCUCCACACCCGCUACCUGGACCUCAACGCCGUCGGCCACGACGUGAUCAUCUGCGAGGAGUUUUGGGAGCACGAGGAGAGAGCGCGGCUGCUCUACUCCUGCCUGAUGCUGCUCCUGUCCUACCUGCUCCCGCUUCUGGCCGUCUCGCUGUCCUUCUGCGCCAUCACCUACCGCCUGAGGAGGAGGAGCGUCCCCGGCGCUGCCCAUCCCUGCCAGGACAGGUGGACCAAGACCAAGCAGAAGACGUUCCGGGCGCUCAGCGUCUCGGUGCUGUGCUUUGCCGUCUGCUGGCUGCCCCUCCAGGUGGUGAACUUCAUCAGGGACAUCGACGAGGAGUUCACCAUCCUGGACAAGAGGUACGUCAACGUCAUCCAGGUGUCCUGUCACCUGGUGGCCAUGAGCUCUGCCUGCUACAACCCCUUCAUCUACGCCUCCCUCCACGACAAGUUCUGGUUCCACCUCAGCAGCUACUUGUACCGCAAGAAGAAGAGCUCCGGCCUCGCGUCCUGCAAGGCCUCUCGGGUCAACACCUGCUCCUUCCUGGCAGAUGCUCCCACUGGGGUCUCGGAUAAGAUGGCUUUGCAAACCAGGUUCUCCUAA